CUCACAUUUUUCUUCCUUGUUCCUAUUAAUAGAGUACUCCUGAUUGUGACAUCACAUUCAUCCCCUUGGCGGUGGAGCUUGUCACUAGGAAGGAAGACUGAGUUGGAUGUUAGCCAACAAGAUGGGUUACUGGGGGCGUCUCCUGAGUGGCGCUGAGUGGAGGCAUCAGGGGGUUGGAGCCUUGUGAACAGGGAACCUGCCCCCACCACUUGGAAGGAUCUGGGUUUCAGUGAUGAGACAUGGGGUAUGAUGUAACCCGUUUCCAGGGGGAUGUUGAUGAAGACCUUAUCUGUCCUAUUUGCAGUGGAGUUUUGGAGGAGCCAGUCCAGGCCCCUCAUUGUGAGCAUGCUUUCUGCAAUGCCUGCAUCACCCAGUGGUUCUCUCAGCAGCAGACAUGUCCAGUGGACCGUAGCGUUGUGACGGUUGCCCACCUGCGCCCAGUACCUCGGAUCAUGCGGAACAUGUUGUCAAAGCUGCAGAUUGCCUGCGACAACGCUGUGUUUGGCUGCAGUGCUGUUGUUCGGCUUGACAACCUCAUGUCUCACCUCAGCGACUGUGAGCACAACCCAAAACGGCCUGUGACCUGUGAACAGGGCUGCGGCCUGGAGAUGCCCAAAGAUGAACUGCCAACCCACAACUGCAUUAAACACCUGCGCUCAGUGGUCCAGCAGCAGCAGACGCGGAUUGCAGAGCUGGAGAAGACCUCAGCUGAACACAAGCACCAACUGGCGGAGCAGAAGCGAGAUAUCCAGCUGCUAAAGGCUUACAUGCGUGCAAUCCGCAGUGUCAACCCCAACCUUCAGAACCUGGAGGAGACAAUUGAAUACAACGAGAUCCUAGAGUGGGUGAACUCCCUACAGCCAGCAAGAGUGACCCGUUGGGGAGGAAUGAUCUCAACCCCAGAUGCCGUGCUCCAGGCUGUAAUCAAGCGCUCCUUGGUGGAGAGUGGCUGUCCUGCCUCAAUUGUCAACGAGCUGAUCGAAAAUGCCCAUGAGCGGAGCUGGCCCCAGGGGUUGGCCACACUAGAGACAAGACAGAUGAACCGGCGCUACUAUGAGAACUACGUGGCCAAACGCAUCCCUGGCAAGCAGGCUGUGGUUGUGAUGGCCUGUGAGAACCAGCACAUGGGUGAUGACAUGGUGCAGGAACCGGGGCUUGUCAUGAUCUUUGCACAUGGCGUGGAAGAGAUAUAAGAAAUCUCAGUGGGCUAUCAGGAAGAGGUGGAAAUCAGAAAAUCCUAUCACUCCAGCAGCUGGGCCAGGUCCUCCCCAUUAUCCUUAAUAUUGUGGCUUACACUGAGGCUACAUAGCGCCCUAUUCUUCUGGCAUUGAAGGGCCCUGGGCCUUUCAGGUGGGAAUCCUAGAUUCCUUCCCUUUUUGCCGAAUUUCUUCCUGGGAUGUCUAAAUUUGCAACCUGGUUGGGAGAGACCCACCCCACACUGUUCCGUGUUUCCCUGCCCAGUCCCUGUUUUCAGAAAGCACAAACAUACUCAUUUUCUAUGGAGGAUUAGGGUUGAAUGAGGAAUCUCUGUUUCCUCCUCCAAAACCAGGGAGUCAGAUCAGGCAGCUCUGUUGUCUCUUAAGGGCAGCUGACAUCCUAAAGAAAUUGUGAGGGUGGAGCCAAAAUGCUAGAAAUAAAUAGGGAAGCCAGUAAUUGGCCCUCACUGAAGACCCUUAGGGGGAGACUGGACUUCUGUGCCAAGCAAUACCCUAUGUAGCUCACCUCACAGAUGCAGGUUCCCAUUGGACCUGCAGGUAUGCAGGUUGGGAUGCUGAAAUUCUAGAUGAGCUCUUUUCUACCCUUUACUCACAAUUCGGGAAUGAUGGUGAAGGCAGCGGGCUAGUCUUGUCGGGAUUGACAUGCUCUGCAAGAAGUAGAGCUGGCUUUGGCUAAAAUUGGGUAGGCACUGCCUCUCAUAGCAUGGGCCAGAAUAAUUCCAUAGACCCCUCCCCUCCCAGCCCUGAGAUUGUAGCUGGUUAUUUUUGAUCAUUGCCUUUGGUCAUUGUUGUUUGUUAUAUCCUUCCUUCCCUCCCACAUGAUUUUGUUUUUUAUUUUUUUGUGUAGAGUGGCCUGGAUACGGCUGUUCUACUUUUCCAGCCCGGCCAUAUUGUUGGCAAUUUAACUUAUUUUCACUUUUUUAUUUUUAAGAAAUGAAAGAGAAAAAAAAAACUUAAAA